CAAAAAUUGGCGAUUCGGGUUCUAAGUCAAACUUGUAGCUCUUCUGGUUGCGAGAGAAACUGGAGUGUGUUUGAGCAUAUUCACUAAAAAAAAAAAGAAAUAGGUUGGAGCAUCAAAGGCUUAACGAUCUAGUCUUUGUUCGUUACAACUUAAUGCUAGAAAAUAGGAACAACAAAAUUCGAAACUAUGACCCCAUCAAUGAUGAAUUACUUGAUGAUCAUCAUGAUAAUUGGGUGUUGGAGGAUUCACCGCCAUUUUUAACAGUUGAGGAGUUGGAAUCAUUACGCAAUGAUCUUGCCAAUAUGACCAUCCAACCUAUUUCAAAUGAUAUUGAUGGAUUGAAUUUGGAUGAGGAUGAUGAUUAUGGCAAUGAUGCACCUGACACUAAUGCAGAAAACAUGGAUCAAAGUAAUGUUUUUGAUGAAGCUGCUGGAGAAGAUGUUGAAUUCCUUGAUGAACUUCAAAUUCAAUCAAUAUUGACUCCUUGGAAUUAAACGUUAUUGAUGAUA